AUGGCAGACCCACCGACGGGAGGGCCCGAGCCCUUUCCCACGAACACCCAAGAAUCCAUCGCCAGCACCCCAGGGGAUGAAUUCCAGGCCAGGGCAGCUAUCGAUACGACUGGCUUGCUCUCUGAGAACCGGAGGCGAACCCGGGGCGGCGAUGCCUUCGCACCAUCGGACCCUGCCGGUCGAAUCACCACCAAGGAGGUGUGGAAGCUCAUCGACACGCUGAAGGACAUCAUCCGCCGCCAAACCUCGGCCAUUGAGGCAACCCAAAACGAACUUCAGGAGAUCAAACACAACCAGAACGUGCUCUAG